AUUUCCCUAAGAUCCGCAUGGCAAUUUUUUAUUUUCAUUUGUAAACAAGCUCCAUUUUUCGUUUAAGGGACGAUUUGGAUUAUCUAAAACAGCACGUAAAACCUAAAGAAAAUGAGAGGGCUGUGUCCGAGAUGUCCAAGAUAUUUCGACAACAAAAUGGCACAAACAACUACAGUCAAGUCAUCGCACAUGUUACGCUCAUUGAAAUAUUUAUCUGGGUUUCUUUUCUUGACUCUGUUUGGAUUUAUGCUCUAUCUGUCCGAUUCUAUUCGGUACACGCCAAGUUCUUCCAUUUACACGUUCGACAAAGAAGGAAGGGUCAAUGUGUCUGGAAUUUUUCACCUUUUGCCAACAGUGCACCCGAUAUUGUCGCAACGAGAUUCUUACUACAUUCAGGACAGGAGGGUGAAACAGGUUAACUGCGCUGCAAUCUUUGACGCGGAUGAAAAUGAAACUGCACUAGCUGAGCGCCUUGCUUCUACAGAAAAUCGGACUUUUUUACAACCAGUUGAUUACAUGAACAUGACUUCAAAUUGUCCGAAGUUUAUUCUGGAUAGAGGAUACAUUACUGAUCCGCUUGACGAACUGGAAAAUGAUUUUCCAAUUGCUUUUAGUAUACUCAUGUUUGUUGCAAUAGAACAGGCCGAACGAUUACUUCGUGCAAUAUAUCGUCCACAAAACCUUUACUGUUUUCAUAUAGACGCAAAAAGUGAUAAUGACUUGUAUGACGCAAUGUCACGCGUGGCCACCUGCUUUGAGAACGUACAUGUGUUGGAUAAACGCGUGGAUGUACAAUGGGGCCAAAUGUCUGUGCUUGAACCGGAACUACUUUGUAUGGAGUAUUUGUGGAACCGUAGCGCCAAAUGGAAAUAUUUUAUUAAUUUGACCGGUCAGGAGUUUCCUCUAAAAACCAACAACGAAUUAGUCCGUAUUCUGCAGGCGUACAAUGGUUCAAACGACAUUGAAGGAACUAUUAAAAGAGCCAACACAAAUCGAUGGGCCGAUGCAGGACCUCCACCACACGGCGUGGUUCCAACAAAGGGUGCCGUUCACAUAAUUGCAAGUCGUGGCUAUGUAGAUUUCGUGCUUCACGACCCCAUUGCCGCUGACAUACUAAACUGGACUCGAAAGACGGUGGUUCCUGACGAGACUUUCUUCUCGACGCUCAAUCAUAAUCCGUCUUUAGGAGUACCGGGAUCUUAUAAAGGCAUACCGGAGACAGAUGGAGAUAUAAAGCCUUUCCUUGCCCGUUACAAGAACUGGGGCGAACGGAAAUGUCAUGGGAAACGGGUGCGCGUCGUUUGCGUCAACGGGGCUCGCGACCUCCCUCCUUUGAAGGACACAAAACAACUAUUCGUGAACAAGUUUCAACAGGAGUUUCAUCCAUUAGCAUACGAUUGCCUAGAGGAAUUACUGUUCAAUAGAACCAGGGACGUACAUCUCGGACUGAGCAUCUUCGAUCCAACCUUUUAUACUAACCUUGGCUUUGUGAAAAAUAAAGUUGGUCGCUGACGUUUUGUUUGCUUUCUUAAAUUAUUCAUGGUUUGGAAGCGCAUGCGCUCGAUUUUUGAAAUUGUCAAUAUUCAAAUUGUAUUGAUAACGCGUUUUACUAAUGCUUAUGCUAUCUGUUCUUGUUAUUAAGAUAAGGUUGGCGGUUUCCUGAUGAAUACCAUCAUUUCCUUCCUUCUGUCGUUUCCCCUGUAGUGUCAUUUUUUUAUCACACAAAACUGUUGUUGCAUGACGAUUGAGAAUAACAGUUUUCUGCCAUCCAUAUAUAAUAUAUUGUUUUUCCUAAAGUUGACAAGGAAAUGUUGUCAAUAUCAAAACAUUAUGUUUGUUAAACCUGGUCAGGCAUCUGAAAUGUGCAUGUCGGCAUUCCAAUGUUGAUGUGUUAGUAUUUUAAAAUGUGUUUUCAUUUUUAAGACAGAAAUGUUUACAUAUAUCUGAGUUAUUAACCAACUUCUGCGUUUUGUUUGCAUUGGAGGAGUCUGUUGCUUCGUCUGUAUCUUGUUGCUGCAGAGUACCUUCAUAAACGUGUUGGUAUGAUUUCUUGUGUGAUAUUGCAUCAACUCCUCCAAUGAGGCUCGUAUGAUAAUUUUUGCGUGUAUUGAUAUAUUCUACAGAAAUGUGCGGUUGAACGCAAUAAAACUGACGAGUGAUUACUUAGUUUUCACUUACCAUACCUAGGCAGAUACCCCGACUUUUUGCAAUAACGAUUUGUUAUAAAU